GAUAUUGGAAAGCUUUACUGGUUAGAAGUUCAGAAGAAUACACUUUUAUUAGAUUUUACGAAUACCGAUGACUCAGACAGAGUGAAAGAGGCUAUUAGUCAAUUACUCAAAGCUUUUAAGGUAGAAGCUUUUAAUUUAAUAAUGAGCGAUACUGCAAAAGUUGUAGGAACUGCUAUAAUCAAUACAUAUUUUACUAUUGAUAAUGUCAAUACCAUAGUG